GUUAAGGUGUAUGUUUAUAUGUUUGUGUGUUUUAUACGUGAAAGCUGAUGAGAUUGAAUUGGAAGCUACUAGUGGGGUAGUUUUGAAAAUGCUUAGAGAAAUGGUAAAUGAAACAAAAGCAGACUCGUUAAAUCUACCAGCAAACGCUACAUCAAUUCGAGAAAAUAUUACAGAUACGUUCAGUUGCGAAAACCGCGUAUACGGCUAUUACGCAGACGUCGACAACGACUGUCAAAUAUUCCACGUCUGCUUACCGUCACAGACACCGACUGGCAGAAACGUUACGUAUAGAUGGAGCUUUAUUUGCCCCAGUGAAACGGUUUUCAAUCAGGAAGUACUUGUCUGCACAAGAUCCCGUGACUCCAUACCUUGCGAAGACUCACCAUCCUACUACGACCUGAACAUGGAAAUCGGCAAAAUAUCCGAAGACAAAAAGGAACAACCGGAAACAGAUAAUAAAAUAGAAAACGAACAGACAGACAAACCAAAGCAACCAGAAGCACAGAAAGAAACAGAAACUGUGACUGUUAAGAAUCAAAAGCGUUUUCCCAGCCGUAAGCAAAACAUGGUGGAAAAACUAGUACAGGCAGCGGUGGAAGAGAUGAAUUUAAUGGAAGAAGGUGUAGAAGUUAUCGAACCAGAAGAGAAGACAGAAGAGAAGACAGAAGAGAAGGCAGAAGAGAAAGAAGAACUUCAAAAAGCAGAAACAGAAAGUGAUAAAUUCGAAGAUUCUAGAUUAGGUGCUGAAAGAAGUAUUAGAACUGGCAGGAAAUGGAGGGGCUCUUAUAGAUAUAACAGGCAAUAGAUAUUAGUUUAGUAGAUUUGUAAA